AUGCGGGCGACUGUCCCGCCCCGCCCGCUGCCUUGGGGCGUCGCUCAACUAAGCUUCGCCCGAGAGAAACCGGCCGUCUUCGCCCUGACCUCGGCGGGGCUCGGCCUGGGGCUCUGGGCGGGGGCGAAGGCGAGGCGCGACGGCCUCGUCUUCUCGCAAAACCCGCACGAGUCGCUCUUCCCUCCUCCGGAACUCUACGUUAGAACCCGCUUCCUCAGCCAGGCCGCACGCAUCCCUCGUCGAGAAGCUUUCCUGUUUCCUGAGACUCCUCCAGCGCCCCCAGGGGGUCCAGCCGACGAAAGCGGAAACCUUCGCGAGAGAGAGGCCGGGGCAGGAGAGGGAGAUGCGGACCAAACUGCAUGCGCAGUCGAGGGCCGUCCUGCGUCGAUCUCCGCGCUGCUGACGGAACUUCUGCCGCCUGAAGUCUUUGCUCCACAGCCGAGCGCGCGACGCUCGUCUCUGCGAGCUCUGCGCUCUCCCCUCAUCCACGUGGGGCGAGGGACAGCUGCGUUCCGCCACGCCUCGCGUCUUCUCCUCGGCUUCGAUCCUCGAGUCUUCUCAGCGGACCGCCGGGGAGAGGCCCCGCGAGGCGAGAUCAUCGCUGUGCACGUCGUCACGGCCAAAGACUUCACCUCGGACACAAGCGACCGGUCAGGCGGCCGCGGCGCCUCAUGCCUUUCUCAAGGAGACAGAGAAGAAGAGCUUCGCGUGGGAGACGCCGCCGCCCUUCUUCUUCGACGCGGGUCUCUCCGGUGGCGACUCGUACCCCUCACAGUCGCGUCGCGGGAAAGGAACUGCGCACUCGUUCUCGGGGGACCGGCUGAGGAAGCCGCCGGAACCGCAGAGGCCGCGGUUUGCAUGCAGCCAAAAGAGACCGAGUUUACGAGCCAAGGGCGGAGCGAGAAAGCCAUUCGCCCUCACGUCCAGGGAGACAGUGAGCGGUCUGAAGGAGGCGCGAAGGAGAAGGACAUAUGCGAGGAAAACACGAAGCUUGCGCCCUCGACAGUCGCUCUGUGCAGUUCCCUAUGGUUCGCCACAGCCCCCAGCGCCGUCUCUUCGGCUUACAGCGGAUUCGUCGUGUUCCGCGUUUUCCUCCUUCCCUCGUCGCGCUCGCUGCGCCGCCCCGCGACCCUGCCGAGGCCGACUCGCGCAACAGGCGACGUCUUUGUGGAGGUCUUGGCUGCAAACGAGCAAAGCGAAGAAUCGCCCCUCUCAGAAGAACUCCUGCGCCUCCUCGCAGAGCGUCUCGCUCGAGAAAUCCGCCGGCAGCUGGCGGCCAGAACGCAGCGACUCCGCGCCCUCGGAGACGAGCGGAGAGACACGCAACCGCGCAGAGUCAGCAAAGACAAAGAAGACAAAGACAGAGAGGGUGAAGACAGAGAGGGUGAAGACAGAGAGGAUGAGAAAAAAGACGGAAAUGAAGACGACCCAGAAUGCGGUAGAGAAGAAGAGAGCGAAGACGAUCUGUGGCAUGAUGCCUCUUACGAGACGUGGCAGAGAGCGACGCCUCGCGUGCGGGCUGGGGCCUCGUUCCUGUCCGCAGAAGACGGUGGUAGAGAAAGGGAGGAGUCUGAAUCGAUUGUCAGUCCUGGAAAGGGGUCGGGGCCUGGAAGCUGGCGCGCGGAAUCCACUCGCCAGCGGGGCGAAGCGUCUUUCUUCCGCGCCUUCCGAGGGCGCCGGAGUUCGCGGUGGACGCAGAGCGCAGCCAAGCAAAAGUUUUUGCAGACGCCUCGCUCUGGAGCGCACUGGAGACCCAAGCCUCCGGCGCCAGGCGGCUGA